UCAACCAGAACACUCUUACCCGAUCAAACAUGCUGCUGCGAGGACUCUUACUUGGUCUGCUCGUUGGCUGUUGUUGGGCCAACCCAUCGUCGGGUCGUCCUUUCGCUAACAACUAUACAACUGAUAUUCUACGCCUAGCCAAGGCAGCCCACAUCAAGGCCUACAUGGGCGAAGAGGCAGUACACGACGAUGUGGAACCUUGUGACAAUUUUUACAAUUUUGCCUGCGGCAAUUGGCCACGUCUGCAUCCGGCUAAGUUGCAUAAUAAACGCACUGGCUAUUUGGAAGAACUUCAGGAACUCUAUGUACGCAAAAGUGCAGAGAUGCUGAAAAGCCCCACCCGUGGAGUGGACAGCAGUGCCGAUCGCCAGCUGAAGCAGUUCUUUAGCUCGUGUCGCAGUCAGGCAAACGACACGCGCUCUGCCCUCGCCGUAUUGCUCGAAGUGACCGAUUUUCGUGGUGGUUGGCCAGAGAUUCGUGUGCCCUCUUGGUAUUCCUAUGAGUAUGACUGGCUUCAGGUGGUGGCUUUACUAAAACGUCGUAUGGGCAUUGACAUUCUGUUGGGUCUUGAUGUCGUGCUGGACUACAAAGAGGAGCGUAUGCAUCGCUUGAAGAUCGGAGCACCGAAAUUGCCAUUAGGACAGCGUCGUUACUAUUUAGAUGAGGCGUACAGCGGUGAUAGAGAACGUUAUCAGCAGCAGAUUGUACAGAAACUAAAAAUGUAUUUCCCAAAACAAUCACAAAUUUGGCUAGACGAAGUCGCCCAUCAAAUAUUACAUAUCGAACAGCAAUUGGCCAAAGGAUUGCCUCACAAUCCUACUCUUACACUAGAGCAAACGACAAGGCAACGCACAGCAGCCGAUAUGAAAGCCGCCUACGCCAGCUAUGUGGAUGUGAGUCGUUAUCUUGAAUUGAUUUACAAUGAUACCCUCUAUGUGGAAGUGUAUGAAACUCCAGAGGAUUACCUGUCGAAUUUGGUGGAUGUGGUUCGUAGUACAACAAAACUAGAGCUGGCCAACUAUACAAUUUGGCGUGCUCUGGACACUUUGGAUGCCGCACGUAUACCAGAAGGUGUUCAGCCAGAAAUCUGGUGCGUUCAACUGACCAAGAAAUAUUUCCCACAACAACUGGAAAGUCUGUUUCAUCGUAAUUACAACAACAUGGAGAUGAUCAAUGAUCUACAAUCGACGUGGGCAGAUAUCAAACAAGUUUUUCGCGAAGAUUUGCAGGCAUCUGAGAAUCUACACUGGAUGACACAGGAGACACGACAAAAGGCAAUUGGGAAAUUGGAUAGAUUGGAACUGCAAUUCCGUUCGCAUAACGAUGUCGAACUUAUACGUUAUAUGCGCGGCCUUAAUUUGCAUGGAGAUCGCUUCUAUCAGAAUCUAGUACAAGUUCUGCAAUGGCGCACACACCACCUGCUGGCCAAGCUAAUGGAGGAGCCUGAAUUGGUCGAUCAAGUGUACAAGACACCGCAAUAUAUAUUGACCAGCAAUAAGAUUCGAGUGCCCAUUACAUUCCUGCAGGCUCGUUUCUUCUGGGAUCCAGCCUAUCCAAAUGCACUGAAAUAUGGCACAUUGGGAUUUUUGUUGGCUCGCCAGAUGCUUCAUGGAUUCGAUGCCACAGGACGGCGUUAUGAUAGCCAUGGCUAUCAGAACAAUUGGUGGGAUGUCACCUCAGAGUCAUCGUAUCAACGUAGAACGCAAUGCUUCCAGGAACAAUAUGCAAUCUUUGUUCAGUUCAAGAAUAAGCCAGUGCGGGAUAAGCAACUAAUGAAGCGAAUUGUGGCCGACAACGGAGCAUUGGAUAUUGCCUAUCGAGCAUAUCAAAAAUGGUUAAAAAAUACUGCCGAGACAGCGGCUAUCUAUGACAGGGAACGUCUUCCCCUUCUCGACUAUUCGCAUAAUCAAUUAUUCUAUUUGGCCACUGCUCAAAUGUAUUGCACCGACUAUCCCGAUUCUGUGGACAUAUUCGAUGAGCUACCCGAACAAUUACGCAUCAAUACGGCUCUCUCGAAUGCCCAGCCGUUUGUCAAUACCUACAGUUGCUCUUAUGGAGACAAGCUUAAUGCUCGCUUCAAAUGCAAUCUUUAUUAAGGCACUUUCCAUUCACUUACUCAUUAAACAGUCACUCACUUGCUUGUUUAUUCAUCAUAUUUAAGGCACAAAAAUGUAUUUCAGAGAGAUGAAUAAAUUAUUUUCAAGCGUUUGCACUUGUUCUAACA